UUGAGUGGAUGAUUCUGACCACCAUCAUUGCCAACUGCAUCGUACUGGCUCUUGAACAACACUUACCAGAUGGAGACAAAACUCCACUGUCAGAACGACUGGAAGAUACAGAGCCCUAUUUCAUUGCAAUUUUCUGCUUCGAGUCGGGCAUUAAGAUUCUUGCACUGGGAUUUGCCUUCCACAAGGGCUCCUACCUGAGAAACGGCUGGAACGUGAUGGACUUUGUAGUGGUGCUCACUGGUAUCCUGUCCUCCGUGGGGUCAGAAUUAGACCUGCGGACAUUGCGAGCAGUCAGAGUGUUGCGGCCCCUAAAACUGGUGUCAGGAAUUCCAAGCCUGCAGGUGGUACUGAAGUCUAUUAUGAAGGCUAUGAUUCCACUACUGCAAAUUGGCGUGCUCCUAUUCGUGGCCAUCCUUAUGUUUGCCAUCAUUGGCCUAGAGUUCUACAUGGGCAAAUUCCACCACACCUGCUUCGACAGUAUCACAGGCGAGAUGGCUGAUGAACAGCCCUGUGGUAAGGAAUUUCCCGCUCGAGUGUGUCAGAAUGGGUCGGUGUGUGAUGAAUACUGGCUUGGGCCAAACUAUGGCAUCACACAGUUUGACAACGUCCUCUUUGCCGUGCUCACUGUUUUCCAGUGCAUCACCAUGGAGGGUUGGACUGACAUGCUUUAUUACAGUAAUGAUGCCUUAGGGAGUGCCUGGAACUGGAUGUACUAUGUUCCUCUCAUCAUCAUCGGAUCCUUCUUCAUGCUUAAUCUGGUGUUGGGUGUCCUCUCGGGUGAGUUUGCCAAAGAAAGAGAACGUGUGGAGAACAGGAGCGAGUUCCUCAAGCUCAAACGUCAGCAGCAGAUUGAGAGAGAGCUCAAUGGAUAUCUGGAGUGGAUCUGUAAAGCAGAAGAAGUCAUCCUCGCAGAGGACGACGAUGGCACCGGAUCUCGCCGCAGGCCCACCAUAAAGAAAAACAAAGCUGACCUGUUAAAUCCAGAAGGAGGAGAGGACCACAUGGGAGAUGCAGUUGGCUCACCUUUUGCUCGUGGGAGCAUAAAGAGUGGAAAGGGAGAUGGGACCGCAUUUAGCAAGAAAGAGCGACGUCUUCGCUUCUUCAUUCGAAAGAUUGUAAAGACUCAGGCAUUCUACUGGACUGUCCUCAGCCUGGUGGGACUCAACACACUGUGUGUGGCUGUGGUACACUACGAUCAGCCCGAACUACUGUCGGACUUCCUCUAUUAUGCUGAGUUCAUUUUCCUAGGCCUCUUUAUGUCAGAGAUGCUGAUUAAGAUGUACGGACUGGGGACGCGCCCUUAUUUCCACUCCUCUUUCAACUGUUUCGACUGUGCCGUCAUCGUUGGCAGCAUAUUUGAGGUGGUCUGGGCCAUGGUCAAACCAGGGACAUCCUUUGGAAUCAGCGUGUUACGAGCUCUCCGACUGCUUAGGAUCUUCAAAGUCACCAAAUACUGGGCAUCUUUGCGUAAUCUGGUAGUGUCGCUUCUGAACUCCAUGAAGUCCAUUAUCAGUUUACUUUUCCUUCUCUUCCUCUUCAUCGUGGUCUUUGCUCUUCUCGGGAUGCAGCUGUUCGGUGGACAGUUUAACUUUGAGCAAGGCACUCCUCCCACAAACUUUGAUACUUUCCCUGCUGCCAUUAUGACGGUGUUUCAGAUUCUAACUGGAGAGGAUUGGAAUGUAGUGAUGUAUGAUGGGAUUAAGUCUCAGGGAGGGGUGGACAAAGGAAUGAUCUUCUCCGUAUUCUUCAUUGUCCUUACACUCUUUGGCAACUACACACUACUGAAUGUAUUCUUGGCUAUCGCUGUGGACAACUUGGCCAACGCUCAGGAACUAACUAAGGAUGAACAGGAAGAAGAGGAGGCCACAACACAAAAGAUUGCUCUCCAGAAAGCGAAAGAAGUGGCGGAAGUGAGCCCAAUGUCUGCUGCCAACCUGUCUAUAGCUGUAGUUACAGUAAAAUCUGAACGUAUCGAUGCCACAGACAGUUUACUGGACUGUAAAGAGCAGCAGAAGAACUCAAAAGGUUCCAAGACAGUGUGGGAGCAGCGCACAAAUGAGAUCCGCAGACAGAACCUGAUGACCAGCAGAGAGGCGCUUUACAAUGAACUUGAUGCAGAAGAUCACUGGAAGUUGAACUACCGCAACCGUCCUGACAUGAAGACCCACUUGGACCGUCCACUAGUAGUUAAUCCUCAGGAGAACCGCAACAACAAUACCAACAAGCCCCGACCGGGUGAACCAAACCCCCAGGAGCUAAACCAGCAGCGGGGUGAAGAAUACCUGCAGCACCAGUCCCGAUACCACCACCAUCACAGUCAUCAUCAUCAUCAUCAUCGUCACCACCACUCCAGCCGCCAGUCUCUGCACCAGCCAGAGCUGGGGGAGGCAGGCUGUGAUUGUGCCCAGAGAGGAGACGAGGACAUGGAGGGCGCAGGGGAGCACAGGCGACCCCGACACCACCAGCACAGAAGGAGGGAUGAAGAUGGAGGGAGAAAACACAGAGAACACCACAGCAGAGGGACAGAGACAGUAGAAGAAGGGGAGGAGGAACAAGAGAAGAGGCAGAGGAGGCAUCGCCAUGGAAACCAUGGGGAUGGAAAUGGAAGGAGGGAUAGAGAACGGAGUCGGCAGCACAGAGCCAGAAAAGAGGGUAGCUUAUCAAUGGCUCGUCCAAUUCAGCCAGGUCUUCCUCAUGCAGAGAGCCAGUACAGUGAGGAUCUGGACAACCUGCGCAAUAGCAGCAAGAUGGCCAUCCACGACCCUGAUCCCGACUUUUACGACCCCUACUGUGACCCAGAGCAGGCCAAUAACCUGCUGAACCUGCGUGGACCAGAUUUCCAUGACAGCAGUCUUAUACUGACAGACUGCACUAAAACCCCCAGUAAACUUGACCACACUGCCAUAGAUAUGCCUCCGAUUUACCCCUCAUUCAACGCCAAGUUACAAGUGAACAAGAAUGCCAACACCGAGCCAGCUAAAGAAGGAGAGAAGAAAGAAGAGGAGGAAGACGAUGGUGGCGAUGAAGAUGGCCCCAAACCCAUUCCCCCAUUCAGUUCCUGUUUCAUCCUAUCCACAACCAACCCGUUCCGAAGAUGUUGUCAUUACAUCCUGACGCUACGUUAUUUCGAGAUGUGUAUUCUGUCAGUCAUCGCUAUGAGCAGCAUUGCUUUAGCUGCGGAAGAUCCGGUGUGGCCGGAAUCACCUCGAAACAACGUAUUGCGUUACUUUGACUACGUCUUCACUGGUGUCUUCACCUUUGAGAUGCUCAUCAAGAUGGUGGUGUUAGGCUUGGUUUUGCACGAGGGCUCAUAUUUUCGUGACCUGUGGAACUUUCUGGACUUUGUAGUGGUUAGUGGUGCCCUGGUAGCCUUUGCCUUCACGGGGAGCAGUAAGGGGAAAGACAUCAGUGUCAUCAAAUCUCUGAGGGUUCUAAGGGUGCUACGUCCCUUGAAGACCAUCAAACGUCUUCCCAAACUAAAAGCUGUGUUUGACUGUGUAGUGAACUCUCUGAAGAACGUGUUGAACAUCCUCAUUGUCUACAUGCUGUUCAUGUUCAUCUUUGCUGUGGUGGCCGUGCAGCUCUUCAAGGGACGAUUCUUCUACUGCACCGACGAAUCCAAAGAGUUUGCCCGUGACUGCAGGGGCGAGUAUUUGGUGUACGAGCGCGAUAACGAGGUCAAAUCGCAGAAGCGGGAGUGGAAGAAGUACGAUUUCCACUACGACAACGUGCUUUGGGCCCUGCUUACUCUCUUUACUGUGUCCACCGGAGAGGGAUGGCCGCAGGUGUUGAAGCACUCUGUGGACUCUACCUAUGAGGACCAGGGCCCGAGCCCGGGGUACCGGAUGGAAAUGUCCAUCUUUUACGUGGUGUACUUCGUUGUCUUCCCCUUCUUCUUCGUAAACAUCUUUGUAGCUCUCAUCAUCAUCACUUUCCAGGAGCAAGGAGACAAGAUGAUGGAGGACUACAGCCUCGAAAAGAACGAGAGAGCCUGUAUUGAUUUUGCUAUAAAUGCCAAACCUCUAACUCGCCACAUGCCUCAGAACAAGCAAAGCUUUCAAUACCGAAUGUGGCAGUUUGUGGUCUCACCUCCAUUUGAGUACAGUAUCAUGUCUCUUAUUGCGCUCAACACCAUCGUCCUUAUGAUGAAGUACCAUGGGGCCCCUCUGACGUAUGAUGCAGUCCUGAAGAACCUGAAUAUAGUGUUCACCAUACUGUUCUUCAUGGAGUGUGUUCUGAAAAUCAUUGCAUUUGGUGUCCGAAAUUAUUUUCGAGACGCUUGGAAUAUUUUUGAUUUUGUUUCCGUUAUCGGCAGCAUCACUGAUAUUUUAGUGACAGAGCUUUGGGAUAACUUCAUAAACCUGAGUUUUCUGAGACUCUUCCGAGCAGCACGUCUCAUUAAGCUCUUGAGGCAGGGCGAGACCAUUCGCAUUCUACUUUGGACCUUCGUUCAAUCAUUUAAGGCUCUGCCAUAUGUGUGCCUGCUCAUUGCAAUUCUGUUCUUCAUCUAUGCCAUCAUUGGCAUGCAGUUGUUUGGGAACUUGGCCCUGGAGGAAGAUAGUGCCAUCAAUGAACACAAUAACUUCAGAACCUUCAUUAUGGCCCUGAUGCUACUCUUCAGGAGUGCCACAGGUGAGGCAUGGCAUGAGAUCAUGCUGGCAUGUCUCGGAGGAAUGGAGUGUGAUGAAAACUCUGGGAACGACGGGCCAGACUGCGGCAGCAACUUUGCUUAUGCCUACUUUGUCUCUUUCAUCUUCCUCUGUUCUUUCCUGAUGCUGAAUCUCUUUGUCGCUGUCAUCAUGGAUAACUUUGAGUACCUGACCAGGGAUUCCUCCAUUCUGGGUCCACAUCAUUUGGAUGAGUAUGUCAGGAUUUGGGCAGAGUACGACCCAGCAGCCUGCGGGCGCAUUCAUUAUAAGGAUAUGUACAGUUUAUUGCGGGUUAUCGACCCCCCACUGGGCUUAGGCAAGAAAUGUCCUCAUAGGGUGGCCUGCAAGAGACUGCUACGCAUGGACCUACCUGUUGCAGAUGACAACACAGUGCAUUUCAACUCCACUCUGAUGGCUUUGAUACGCACAGCUCUGGACAUCAAAAUCGCUAAGGGAGGCGCAGACAAACACCAGAUGGACGCGGAGCUCCGUAAGGAAAUGAUGGCGAUUUGGCCAAAUCUCUCCCAGAAGAACCUGGAUCUGCUGGUAACACCACACAAGUCAGCGACAGACCUGACAGUGGGCAAAAUCUACGCCGCCAUGAUGAUAAUGGAGUACUACCGGCAGAGCAAGGCCAAAAAGCAGCAGGCGCUUCGUGAGGAGCAGAACCGAACGCCAUUAAUGUUUCAGCGCUUGGAGCCAUCCCCAAACCAGGAAGGGGGACAGGGGGUGAAUGGUCUCCCUGAGUUGCCGCAGGAACCUGUCAACAGCCUGCCUCUGGAGGGUGGAAUGAUCGAGAGCCAGUCGUGGGUGACAUCACGAGCCCAGGAAAUGUUCCAGAAGCCUGUUCCAGAAAACUGGAACCCUGACAGACCGUAUCCUGAAGACCAUCACGACAGCCGCCACAAUCCACAGACGGUAGAAAUGAGAGAGAUUGGGCCUGUUGGGGACGGUUACUCGGACACUGAGCCCUAUCACCCAAUGGAAGGGCAUGGGCGGACCAUCUCCAUGCCACGCCUCUCAGCAGACAACCAAACCAUCACAGACACAAAUCCAAUGCGCCGUUCUACAUCCUCAUUGGUCCACGGACGUUCAGGUCGAGGCGUACGAUUAGAUGAUUACUCUUUGGAACGGGUGGUGUCAGAAGAGUGUCACCGACAUGUUCCGCGAAGAAGAGAACGAGAUCGAGACCGGGAGAGAGACCGCAGUCACCGUACCUCAGAGAGAUCCCUCGCUCGCUAUACAGACGCAGACACAGGUCUGGGCACUGAUCUUAGCACAACUACACAGUCAGGUGACCUCCCACCUAAAGAGAGAGAGCGAGAACGGGGUCGUGCAAAAGACCGUCACCACCACCAUCAUCAUCAUCACCACCACAGCUCAGUGGAUAAGGAGCGGUGCAGUCAUGAGCAUGACUACCACCGCCAUCCACACGACAGAUCUGAUCGCCACUGGUCCCGCUCACCGAGUGAGGGGAGAGGGCAUAGACAGGGCAGUAGUUCUGUGAGUGGAAGCCCCGUUCCCUCGACGUCGGGGACCAGCACCCCCCGGCGUGGCCGUCGGCAGUUGCCCCAGAUACCGUCUACACCACGUCCUCAUGUCACCUACUCCCCUGCUGUCCGCAAGCCCCAAUACGGCUCCCCGGGCCAGGGUAAACUGCGUUCACCUUCCCCGCGACACUUCUCUCCAUCAGGACACGAACCGCCCUACCAUCAUCCACCCUCCCGCCAUGCCUCGCCCCAUCACGGCUCACCCCGGCACGCCUCGCCACGCUCCCCCAGGCAGGCAUCACCCAGGUCCCCACGUCACAGUCGCUGGGGUCCGCCGCCUAACGGCCUGGAAGGCGACGGACCUUUCUACGAUCAGGACUAUGAAUAUGAGCGGCACCAUGAGCCACCCGCCUAUGAGCAGAGUCUAUCACAGGGCAACCCCCACUCUCAUUCACACCCAAGGACUGCUCUUCACGGGCCUCCCUCACACCCACGCCGUAUGCCUAACGGCUACCGUUCCUCCUCGCCCUCCCCGCACCGGCGUGGCCCCCACCCAGGCCCACACCGGCCACCCCAUGGCCGUGGGCCCCGGAAGGGGUUGCACGAACAAUAUAGCGAGACGGACGAGGAUGAUUGGUGUUAGUGCGCAGGGUGACCAGGAGGGGGCGCCACUGGACUUAAACCAAGAUGUUUAUGUACUGCAGCAGUGAGAGAUGGGGGCAGAAGGGGAAAUGCAAACAGGGCAAAUGGGCCAUUGUGAGACUCU